AUUUUCUCGUAAAAGCAAUGUCUCUUGUUUUUAAGAACUCGACUAGAGUGAUAGAGCAAUAGCAUAGAAAACAGUGGGAGAUGGAAAUGGAGCAGCUGUUAAGCAUGGGCUUCCCCACCGACCUCGCCGCUGAAGCCCUCGCCGCCACCGGCGGCAACUCCGCUCUCAAAGCCACCGAUUGGAUUCUCAACCGCAAUUCCUCCACCACCUCCACCUCCACUCCCACCGCCACCUCUCAACCCAAACUCGAUCGCUUCUUCCUCUCCCAAUCCACCCCCUCCUCAAAUUCACAAUCCCAAGACAAACAAGAACCAGAAGAACAACAGUCCACCCCAACCUCCCAACUCCCCAAGCGCCGCAAACUUCUCGUCCCGGAAACCCCGCCGCCCACUACCUCCGAUAAACCCGCAACCGCCGCGGCCCACCACCAGCCCUUGUCGGAGCGCAUGCGGCCCAGGACCCUAAACGACGUCGUCGGCCAGGACCACCUCCUCGCCCCAAACUCCCUCCUCCGCUCCGCUAUCAAAUGCGAGCGUCUCCCUUCUCUCGUCUUCUGGGGCCCACCCGGCACCGGCAAGACCUCCAUCGCCAAAGCCAUCAUCAACUCCGCCUCCUCCGCCGCCUCCCGGCCCUACCGGUUCGUCUCGCUCUCCGCCGUCACCGCCGGCGUCAAAGACGUCAGGGAAGCCAUCGACGAGGCCCGGAAGAGGAAGAAGCUGAACGGCCAGAGGACCGUUCUCUUCAUCGACGAGGUUCACAGGUUCAACAAAUCGCAGCAGGACUCUUUCUUGCCGGUGAUCGAAGACGGCAGCAUAGUCUUCAUGGGCGCCACCACUGAGAACCCUUCGUUCCAUUUGAUCACGCCGCUCUUGUCUAGGUCUCGAGUUCUUGAUCUUCGACCCUUGAGCCCACAAUAUAUAGAGGUUCUUCUCCGGCGAGCGGCGGAAAACUCGGAAAUCGGAUUGUCUCGGAGUGUGGGGAUGCAAGUAGAUGUGGAGGAGGAAGUCAUUCGUUUUAUCUCCGCCAAUUGCGACGGUGAUGCUAGAGUGGCACUCAAUGCAUUGGAAAUCUCAGCUACAACAGCAGCUGCCCGAGCCUCGACGCCGGAUUCAGUAGCUGGUGUUACCGUGGAGGAUGCCAAGGAAGCACUGCAAUGCAAGCAUGUGGCUUCGGACAAAGCAGGGGAAGAGCACUACAACCUCAUCAGUGCGCUUCACAAGUCUAUGAGAGGAAGUGAUGCCAAUGCUGCUAUUUAUUGGCUGGCAAGGAUGCUUGAGGGAGGGCAGGAGCCUCUGUACAUUGCGCGCCGGCUCGUAAGGUUUGCCAGCGAAGAUGUGGGGCUGGCGGACCCAUUGGCGCUUAAUCAAGCUGUGGCUUGUUACCAAGCUUGUCACUUUAUUGGAAUGCCAGAGUGCAAUGUGAUUCUUGCACAGUGUGUGGCUUACUUGGCUUUGGCUCCAAAGUCGAUUGCUGUUUAUAAAGCAAUGAAUAGUGCAGCAGAAGUGGUGAGGAGUUCAGUUGGACAGAAUGAGGGGGUGCCUCUUCAUCUCAGGAAUGCACCGACUAAGCUGAUGAAGGAUUUUGGGUAUGGGAAAGGAUAUAUAUACACUCCUGACAAUCCCUCUGCAGAACAGAGAUUUCUACCGCCAUCACUUGAAGGUUACAAGUUUCUGGAUUGGCCAAUCAGUAAUAACACUGAUGGAUGAUAAGCCUUUGGUUCACUUUUCUGGACUCUUUGUAUUUGGGGCCUACCUCAAAGGGAAUGUUAAUGUAUAGUCUUCCUUUAACCUUCAUGCUCAUACAAUUCUAAACAGAGCUUAAUUUGUAAGCUUAUUAACCCCCCUAAGUUUAUAUCUGAAUGGACCUUAUCUCCAUCAAGAUUUCUCACUAUGUUCAUAAGCUGAGGAAGCAUAUCUAAUAAUGCUCUUGCUCUUCCUUUUUUUUUUUUUUUUUGGACUUUGUAGCACUCUGUCAGAGUUAAAAUGGAAUAGUAAAAUCUGAUUUGGUAUAGAUUAAAUAGAAGCAGACGUCUUGUCAAGGCAUUUGGUUCUUGCAUGACCAAGUAUAUGUGAAGACAUCUAGACAUCUAUGUAAGUUCUGAUUCAAGAGUGUCAUGAUGUAAAAAUCUUAUUAAUUCAUAGCUAUGGUGAAAGCAUGGUCUUUGAUACAUUUUUUAUGUUCCUAAAGUAAGUCUACUUCAUUGGUUGUUGCUCCCUCUUUAUAUAGUUCUCACAUUGUCUCAGGGAUAGGAAAGUUUAUCAUUGUUUUGUACCUACAUUCGGUAAUUCCUUAUAGAAGAAGUGCUUUCACUUCACUUCGAGUUAGUGGACGUGUUGGACCUUGUAAUUGAAUCAAGUAUAUGAUCUAAUAUAACUAAUUUAGUUGACUAUGUGCAUUAAUAUUGUCAAGCCUGUUGGUACGUUCAGUAAUACUGUGUCUAUUAUUUUCCCAGUUAUUGUUUCUUGUUCUUUAGUAAACAGAUUGACAACUGCUUUUGUCUGUCUUUCUUGUCUGGUUGGGUUUUUAUUUCUUUUCAGAAUCACUAUUAAUCCUUUUCUUCAAAUCUUAAUCAGACAAUGACUUCGUUCAUUGUAAGUUUCAAGAUUAGUUUUAUUUUUGGCUGUUUUAAGAAUUCAACAUCCAUCUUGAGCAAAAUGAAUUUAAGCAUUGUUGGUCUCAUGUAAUGACGUGUCUGUACUCCAGUGUACUUCUAAUCAGCAAUUGGAGAUUUUAAAACUGAAACCAAUUUCUAGAAGCAGAAUAAAGUAUAGUAUAGUCAGAUCAAAUUCUUGCUUGGUACCCUUGAUUAUGUUGAAAAAUUACUAAAUUUAAACAUACACUGAUGCAGUCUAUAUGUAGUCUUAAAUCUACACAUAUGCCUUUAUCUAAGUAGGCUCAUGAAGCUAAGCUAAGCUAAGAUCUCAAUACCCCAUUCAGAAGAAUGAUAAACUUCCCCAAAGUAGACGAAUUGAAACUGAGAUGAGAUGUGGGACUAUACUAUAUGUCUAUGUAGUCAAGCACACAGUGCAUACCUAUGUAACUAAUCAAUGAAUUUGUUUCAGAAGCAAUAACAGUAAAACACAAACAAUCCCUAGAAAAUAGAAAUACUAAUAAUAGUACUCCUAGUCAACACUGAUACAGUGCGAAGCCUCCACAUUGAUGGGAGCUGGUGCCAUUAAUGUUGACAAGUGCAAAGCAACCCUGCAAGUUGACAUUAGCAAAAUACUGCAGCUCCACCAUGUUACAUGUUUUAGUGGCUGUGUCCUAGCAACUAUGAUCCAUUGUGAAACAGGAUCUCGAGAUGGAUCAGAAAUUCAGAAUUGAAAAGGCUCUGGGACAAAAUCAGCUCGAAAAUUCAAAUCACUCCUCGUUUUCUUUUAUAAUAUGACCGAGGACCAUAGCUUUUCUGUUCAUGGUGGUGGUGCUUAGGUGUUCUUUUGUUUUUGAUGAAAUGCAUUUGAGAACUUGGGCACUACCUUGUUUAGAACUGCAUCUGAGAAUCAAUAAUCUGUUUCCUUUUCCUUGCACUUUUGAACAGGGUAUCAGUAUAAUUCUGUUAACUGAAAAAUGAAAUUUAGAUAAAAUUUUGUUUGAUGCAACAGACUGAUAUGUUAUGCUCGAGCUCUCAAUGAUGUCUUCAUUUUGACAUCUUUUGUUUUUGAUGAAAUGCAUUUGAGAACUCGGGCACUAGCUGUUUAGAAAUGCAUCUGAGAAUCUAUAAUAUAUUACCUUUUCCUCGCGCUUUUGAACAGGGUAUGAAUUUAAUUCUGGAACUUCAAAAAUGAAAUUUAGAUAAACUUCUGUUUUGUGCAACAGACUGAUGUAUUAGGGCUGAAGCUCUUAAUGAUUUCAUCAUUCAACAUAUGGCUAAACGCUUUAUGUGGUUUAGUGCUUGUUUAGCAAGUCAACAGAGUUUUAGGUAGCCCUUCUAUGGAAAUCCUGGUGGUGUGCUAUAGAUAUAAUGGAUGGUGUUGAGGCUGACAUAUUUUAGGUGACUUUGUUGCAAAUUUGGAUGUCUAUCUAAACUCAUUAUACGGUUUACGAACCAGACUUCCUUGUUAAUCUCCAACCCUUCUGGUUUUCAUUGAAUGCUGGGGGAAGCGGUAGACCUUCUUUCGUGACCUGAGUGGGAUAUGAUUGAAGCUGAUGAAAAAAUGCUUGAUACUGCAAAACGUGGGUUAUUCUACCUCCUUUGUUUUAUGAUGCUGGGAAGACAGAUGAUGGCCCUUCAAAAGAUGUUAGAGAU